AUGACCUAUGAAGCCCAGUGGAAAUCAAGCAGCCUCUUCCCAUGCCGACAGCUAUACGUGGAACUGCGCAGAGGCGAAAGUGACCAGCUGCUGGGGGUCAUCGAGAACCAGAAGGACGUAACGAACUUGACUCAGGCUGACACCAAGUCCCUGCGGGAACUGAAGAACCUCACCAUCGCCGCCUCCGGGCUGCGGUACAUCGCCCCCGACGCUUUCCACGCCAACCCCAAGCUGACCCACUUGAACCUCUCCUCCAACUACCUGCAGUCCCUCUCCUGGCGGACGUUCUACCCCCUGGCCCUGCAGGAGCUGGUCCUCGUGGGGAACCCCUUCCUGUGCUCCUGCGGGAUCCGCUGGCUGCUGCUGUGGAAGGGGAGCGGCCGGGGCUCCCUGGGGAACCAAUCCCUCAGCUGUUGGCAGGACAGCGAGGAAAUCCCCCUGGAGCAGCUACCCACGGAGGGCUGCGACCCCCCCGAGGUCUGGAUCGAUUACCAGGACGUGCCGGUGCAGCAGGGCGAGAAUGUGAACCUGACGUGCCACUUCAUGGGAGAGCCGCUGGCGCAGGGCCACUGGAUCGUACCCGACGUGGGGCCAGAGCCCCUCAUCAUCACCAAGACAUCAGACUCAGAAAUCACCCUGCAGAUCUUCAACGUCUCCUCCAGCUUUAACCGAAAAGACAUCACCUGCCGGGCUGAGAACGAGGCGGGCCCCAGUGAGGAAGCCGUGCAGCUGAAUGUCACAUUCCCGGCCGUGAUCGUGCACCUGCAGGAAGCGAUCCCGCAGCACUACUGGUGCAUCCCCUUCUCGGUGGACGGCAACCCUCCUCCGGCCCUGCGCUGGCUCUUCAACGGCUCUGCCCUGGUGGAGGGGCCCUACAUCCACACCAAGAUCGUGGAGUAUGAGCACAACUCCACCGUGGCGCACGGCUGCCUGCAGCUGAACCGGCCCACCCAUGUCAACAACGGGAACUACACGCUGCUGGCCCGCAACCCGCUGGGGAACGACACCCGCACUGUCCUGGGGCGCUUCAUGGACAACCCCUUCAGCUUCAACCCCGAGGAGCCCAUCGUGGUGUCCCUGCCACCGGUGGGCAAGGGGAACAGCACGCUCGAUGGGCCGGUGGAAACGUCAGAGGAGCACACAUUUGGGGUCUCCGUGGCUGUGGCCCUGGCUGUUGUCGCCUGCCUCUUCCUCUCCGUCAUGCUGAUCGUGCUGAACAAAUGCGGACGGCAUUCCAAGUUCGGCAUUAACCGGGCGGCCGUGCUGGCUCAGGACGACGACCUGGCCAUGUCCCUGCACUUCAUGAACCUGGGCAGCAGCCCCCAGUCCUCCGCCGAGAGCAAGCUGGAGGGGCUGAAAACUAACUUCAUUGAGAACCCGCAGUACUUCUGCGACACCUGCGUCCACCACAUCAAACGCAGAGACAUCGUGCUGAAGUGGGAGCUGGGCGAAGGCGCCUUUGGGAAGGUCUUCCUGGCCGAGUGCUACAACCUCAUCCCCGAACAGGAGAAGAUGCUGGUGGCUGUUAAGGCCCUGAAGGAGGCGACGGAGAGCGCCCGGCUGGAUUUCCAGCGGGAAGCGGAGCUGCUGACGGUGCUGCAGCACGAGCACAUCGUCAAGUUCUACGGGGUGUGCACGGAGGGCGAGCCCCUCGUCAUGGUCUUCGAGUACAUGAAACACGGCGACCUCAACCGUUUCCUCAGGUCGCACGGGCCAGACGCGAAGAUCCUGGAUAACGGGAACGGCCACACGUUUGGGCAGCUGACCCUGAGCCAGAUGCUGCAAAUCGCCACGCAGAUCGCCUCUGGCAUGGUCUACCUGGCCUCGCUGCACUUCGUCCACCGCGACCUGGCCACGCGCAACUGCCUGGUGGGCCACCACCUGGUGGUGAAGAUCGGGGACUUCGGCAUGUCCCGCGACAUCUACAGCACGGAUUACUACCGGGUGGGUGGACGCACCAUGCUGCCCAUCCGCUGGAUGCCACCGGAAAGCAUCCUCUACAGGAAGUUCACCGCCGAAAGUGACAUCUGGAGCUUUGGGGUGGUUCUCUGGGAGAUCUUCACCUACGGGAAGCAGCCCUGGUACCAGCUGUCCAACACAGAGGCCAUCGAGUGCAUCACGCAGGGCCGGGAGCUGGAGCGGCCCCGGACCUGCCCCUCGGAGGUGUACACCAUCAUGCAGGGCUGCUGGCAGCGGGAACCCCAGCAGCGGCAGAACAUUAAGGAGAUUCACAGCCGGCUCCAAGCCCUGGUCAAGACCCCUCCCAUCUACCUGGACGUCCUGGGUUAAGGACAGAGAUGGGGAAGGAAACCGGCUCUUCCUUCCGGACGACCCCUCCAGAAUCCUCCUCCCAUCCCCCCACCUGCCCCUCGCCCCGGGAUCCCUCUCCCAGCCUGGGAACAGAGGGCUUCCCCAUCUCCGGCCUCUGCAGCUCUUUCCUGGGAGCAUCACGUCCGGACCAGGUUCUCCAAGACCCCGCGAACUCACACAGAAGUCGCUCCCGCAGCCUCCCUCCAGCUCGGAUGGCAGCUCAGCCUCACCCGCCGCAGACAGACGGAUGGAUGCAAAAGGGCCAGACGGAGGACGCCUGCCCUGGGUCUCUUCCUGCAGCAGACCCCGCCCUGGCACUGGGACCCUCUUCCUAGGGUUCCCGGACAGCUCAGUGAUGAGUUACCCGCUGGCCGAAGGACCGAUGCCAGUGGCGGAUAUGUCGGGGGGUGGAUGCUUCGGGGGCCCAGGCCCCAAGGGCAGUGGGAGGGGGAGGGGCGUGCUGUGGCGUGGUGUUUCAUGCUAUUUAGAGUUCAACGUGCUAGCUCUCUGCUCUAGUGGCUUCUCUGGGGCGGGGGGGGGGGCCACGUCCCAGGGCAGGUGGGUUGUAAGUAACAGGACCUUUGUGGGCCACAGGGCUGGCUGCCAGACCAGCUCUCCAGCCCGGAACAGGUCUGCUCAGGCUGAGGUAACGACACCUUUCUCGGAGCGACGCCCUGCCCUCCUGGGCACUGGUUGCAGCUGCCUGGGAUCUAGCCGGCUCCGGGAGGGAGAAGAGCAGCCGUGUGGGCUGGAGCGUGGGCCUGGCACGUUCUUCCUGUCGUGACUUCCCAGCUCUGGUGCCCACACUCCCUAGGGCAGCCUCGACUGAGAAGGCCGCUAGGCCCCGGGUGUGUGUCAGACCCACUGUUGCCCACGGGAGCAGAUCCUCCGUGGGUGUAAAUCUGCAUCGCUCCUGCCGAUUUGCACCAACCGAGGGUCUGACCCUGAGACUCUUGAGGUUUUAGCCUUGCUUGGCCGAGCCAGGAAGUCCACCUGGGCAGCUACUAAGGGGAGAGCUACCUGACUCUGGCAGCCCGUCAUCCCUCCCGACUCAGCUCUUUGUCCGCCCAGGGCCGCACGGGCCUUGAGACCCAGCUUCUCGCCUUGCCCUUGGCAGGAAUCCCGUGCGGAGUUCGUGGGGGACUCCAGUCUCCAGGGUUCUGUGGGGUCGGGUUAAGUUCUCUGCUGGUGGCCGUGGGGGAGUGUGGCAAAGGGGCAGGAAAGGAUGGGUCGGUUCUAAGGGCAAGCCCAGGACAAGACCGUGCAGAGGUGGUCGUCUCUCUAAAGACACACCCCAACUCUGCCUCCGGUCAGGGGCUCCAGGCAGCAACUGCUGGGUAGACCCAGACAGAGGCGAUCACCAUGGUUCCCUGAAAUGGUCAGGCCUGCUCCUCCUUCCUCACCCCUGCCGAAUCUGGAGUGACACCUCUGAAAUUGCUGGGUUUGAUUCUCAUUUACACGGAGAUCCCUUUUGGCUGCUCUGGCAGUGUAACGAGGCAUUAACGUUGAGGUAAAUUAUGAUGAUCUAUUAGUAUUGUGAUACCACUUAGGCCCCCCAGUCAGGGGUUAGGACCCCGCUGUGCUAGAUCUGUGCAGGGAGGUCUUGUCUACACUUGAAAGUUAAUUCAGAUUAAUUCAGGGUGUGAAUUUAAAGUGCUGUGGCAAUUCCGGGAUUGUUCUGGGUGUAGACAAGCUUAUCCUAGUUCCACCUGCUUUAUGGCCCCUUUCCAGUGUGAAGGGCCUACCCACAGAGUGGCAGCUUAAUUAAACUGGUUUAGUUAAGUCGGGCAAACCGCUGUGUGGAUGCUUAUUCCAGCAUGAAGGCAGUUUAUUUUGCUUUAGUUUAAACCUGUCCCAAAUUAAAUUAAAGUGCAAUAAACCUAAUUUAAACC